UGGCAACCUGUGUAUCGUGUUCAUUGUGGGAGUCGGACGGAGGCAGAGAGAGAUCAUAAUAGAGGGAUCUGCAGGUCGGGACAUCUCUGCGUGCGCACUUUAACUUUAAUGUAAAUUGACACACAGCCAUUAGGGAGUAUACCGGCCCAUAGAGGUACAAGUGCGGUGAGAUGGAGGAUGGGAAGCCGGUGUGGGCGCCUCACCCUACUGACGGGUUCCAGCUAGGCACCAUUGUGGACAUUGGUGCUAACAGUCUGACCAUUGAACCCCUCAAGGACAAGGGCAAGACGUUUACCGCUUCGGUCAGCCAGGUGUUUCCAGCUGAGGACGACAUCAACAAACAUGUCGAGGACAACUGUUCGUUGAUGUAUUUGAAUGAGGCUACACUUCUGAACAACGUCCGUGUGCGCUACAGUAAAGAUAAAAUUUACACGUAUGUAGCCAACAUUCUGAUAGCGGUGAAUCCCUACUAUGACAUCCCAAAGCUCUAUUCGCCCGAUACCAUCAAGCAGUACCAGGGCCGCUCUCUGGGCACGCUCCCACCGCACGUGUACGCCAUCGCUGAUAAAGCGUACCGUGACAUGAAGGUGCUGAAGAUGAGUCAGUCGAUCGUCGUCUCUGGUGAAUCAGGUGCCGGAAAGACCGAAAACACAAAGUUUGUCCUUCGGUAUUUAACAACAUCGUAUGGGACGGGUCAAGACAUCGAUGAGAGGAUAGUUGAAGCAAAUCCUCUGCUGGAGGCAUUCGGGAACGCUAAAACAGUCCGCAACAACAACAGCAGCCGCUUUGGCAAGUUUGUGGAGAUUCAUUUUAACGGAAAGAACGCAGUGGUCGGGGGUUUCGUGUCUCACUACCUUCUGGAGAAAUCACGUAUCUGCACACAGGGUCAGGAAGAGAGGAACUACCACGUUUUCUACAGGCUGUGUGCCGGAGCACCGGAGGACAUCCGUGAGAAAUUCCACCUGUCCUCUCCAAACUGCUUUAGGUACCUAAACCGAGGAUGUACACGCUACUUUGCUACAAAGGACACCGAUCAGAAGGUCUUGCAGAACCGCAAGAGCCCAGAGCACCUGAAGGCAGGCCCUCUGAAGGACCCACUGCUGGAUGACCACGGCGAUUUUAACCGCAUGGCAGUGGCCAUGAAGAAGAUUGGCCUGGACGAUGCUGAGAAGCUGGAUCUGUUCAGGGUGGUGGCUGGAGUCCUCCACCUCGGCAACAUUGACUUUGAGGAAGCGGGUAGCACUUCAGGAGGCUGUAACUUAAAGAAGCAGUCAAGUCAGGCUCUGAAGCACUGCGCUGAGCUGCUGGGGUUGGAUGAAGAAGACCUACGAGUCAGCCUCACCACCAGAGUUAUGCUCACAACAGCUGGAGGCGCUAAAGACACUUCUAUCAAGGUUCCUCUGAAAGUGGAGCAGGCGAAUAACGCACGCGACGCUUUAGCGAAGGCCGUUUACAGCCAUCUCUUUGAUCAUGUGGUCACCAGAGUCAAUCAGUGCUUCCCCUUUGAUUCCUCGGCUAAUUUCAUCGGCGUGCUGGACAUCGCCGGCUUCGAAUAUUUCGAGCACAACAGUUUCGAGCAGUUCUGCAUCAACUACUGUAAUGAGAAGCUGCAGCAGUUCUUCAAUGAGCGCAUCCUCAAAGAGGAGCAGGAGCUGUAUCAGAGAGAGGGACUAGGAGUGAAUGAGGUGAAAUACAUUGACAAUCAAGACUGUAUAGACCUGGUAGAGUCAAAGCUAGUGGGCAUUUUGGACAUUUUGGAUGAAGAAAACCGUCUACCUCAGCCAAGCGAUCAGCACUUUACUGAAACCGUCCACAGCAAGCACAAAAACCACUUCCGCUUAAGUAUUCCCAGGAAGUCCAAGCUUACAGUGCACAGGAACGUGAGGGAUGAUGAAGGGUUCAUCAUCAGACAUUUUGCAGGAGCUGUGUGUUAUGAGACGAGCAAGUUCGUGGAGAAGAACAACGACGCUCUGCACAUGUCCUUGGGGAGUCUCAUUAGUGAGUCAAAGGAUCGGUUUAUACGCGAGCUCUUCGAGAACUCCAACAGCUCCCGAGAUGUCAAGCAGAAAACAGGCAAGCUCAGCUUCAUCAGCGUGGGCAACAAAUUCAAGACCCAGCUGAACAUCCUGCUAGACAAGCUCCGCAGCACGGGCUCAGGUUUCAUCCGCUGUGUGAAGCCCAACUUGAAGAUGGUGAGCCACCAGUUUGAAGGCUCACAGAUCCUGUCACAGCUCCAGUGUUCAGGAAUGGUGUCCGUUCUGGACUUGAUGCAGGGUGGCUUUCCUUCCCGCGCUCCCUUCCACGAGCUCUACAACAUGUACAAGCAGUACAUGCCUCCCAAACUCACCCGUCUGGACCCCCGGCUUUUCUGCAAGGCUCUGUUCAAAGCUUUGGGCCUGAAUGAAAACGACUACAAGUUUGGACUCACUCGAGUUUUCUUCAGACCUGGAAAGUUUUCAGAGUUUGACCAGAUAAUGAAGUCGGAUCCGGAUCAUCUGGCUGAACUAGUGAAACGGGUCAACAAGUGGCUCAUCUGCAGCCGCUGGAAGAAGGUGCAGUGGUGUGCUCUGUCCGUCAUCAAACUGAAGAAUAAGAUGCUAUAUCGGGCCACUGCCUGCAUUAAGAUGCAGAAGACCGUACGCAUGUGGCUGUGCAAGAGAAAACACAAACCUCGCAUCAAUGGCCUGGUGAAGCUGCGCAGCCUGAAGAAGCGGAUCAGCAUGCUCAACGAGGUUGUGACCGGCCUCAAAGAGAGCAAACAGGAAAUGAGCAAACAGAUCCAGGACCUGGAUGCCUCCAUCGACACACUCAUGCGCAAGAUUAAGAGCACCGUGAUGAGCCGCAUAGACAUGGAUAAUGAGCAUCAAGUGCUGGUGGGGCGCUCGGAGCGCCUCCUCAGUGUCAUGCAGAAACAGAAGCAGGAGGAGGAGGAGCGUGAGAGACUGCGCCGCAUCCAGGAAGAGAUGGAGAAAGAGAGGAAGAAGCGGGAGGAAGAGGAGAAACUCCGCAAACAAGCAGAGGAGGAGAGACACCUGAAAGUGGAGAUGGAGUUGAAGAGGAAACAGGAAGAAGAGGAAAGGAAAAAGAGGGAGGAAGAGGAGAGAAGAUUGCAGGAGGAGAUGGAGCGACAGCUAGAGGCCGAGCGAGAGGAAGAGGCAGCCCGGCAGGCGGUACUGGAUCAGGAGAGGCGGGACCGAGAGCUGGCUCUGCGAAUCGCUCAGAGUGAGGCGGAGCUUAUUCCUGAGGACACGGGAGACGGUGGACUGCGCAGUAAUGGCAGUGUUCCAUCAUCCCCUGAGAGAGCAACUGUUCCUGCACCACAAAAACUCAAGGGUUUGACCAUGGAAGAAAUGGCGAAGGAAAUGUCUGAGCUUCUGGCUAGAGGUCGGCAGUUGCAAGUCACGAAGGCUACGCCUGACACCAAGAAGCACGACCUUAGCAAGUGGAAGUAUGCAGAGCUCCGAGACACCAUCAACACUUCCUGCGAUAUCGAGCUGUUGGCUGCAUGCCGAGAGGAGUUCCACCGCAGGCUGAAGGUCUACCAUGCCUGGAAAUCGAAGAACAAGAAACGCAACGUCGAAUCCGAGCAGAGGACUCCAAAGUCCAUCACGGACUACGGUUGCGCACGCCAUGUGAUAAAUGUGUCCCAGAACUACGUGGCUCCUCCAAUCCCUGCCCGGCAACAUGAGAUCGUGAUGAACCGGCAGCAGCGCUAUUUCCGCAUUCCCUUCGUCCGCCCCGGUGAUCAGUACAAAGACCCACAGAAUAAGAAGAAGGGGUGGUGGUAUGCACACUUCGAUGGGCCGUGGAUCGCCAGGCAGAUGGAGCUACACCCUGAUAAACAUCCCAUUCUUUUAGUGGCUGGCAAGGAUGAUAUGGAGAUGUGUGAGCUGAAUUUAGAGGAGACAGGUCUGACCCGUAAGCGUGGAGCGGAAAUCCUUGGCCGGCAAUUUGAGGAGAUCUGGGAGCGCUGCGGAGGAAUCCAGUAUCUGAGGAACGCUAUCGAGAGUCAACAGGCACGUCCCACUUACGCCACGGCCAUGCUGCAGACCAUGCUCAAGUAGACACACAUAGAGUACAAUCAUGCACUCGGUCGGUCAACCAUUAAACCAUGGCCAUGCUGCAGAAACUCCUCAAACGGUUUAGGUGUCUUUCUAAUUUGAAGAGCAGAAUGCAGUUUAUCUCAUAGUUAGAAUUUAGAUAGUAAUUUACUUUAGACUCACUCACUUGGUUUCUCAGUUCACCAAUGAAUAUGCUUUUUGUUGAUAUUUUGUCUUUUGCCCUUUAAAUUGUUGCCCUCUUAAUUAGUUCCCUUUUGCUUGUUUUUCUCUUUAAAUCUGUCACUUGCAUUAUUAUGCUUUCAUUUUUCUUGCACGUAUUUUUCUCCAUUAAAUCCAUAACUCAACUUUGAGGCCUUAAUAACUGCAAUUGCCUGGGUGAUUCCUUUUAAGAUGCAUCUCAGUGUACCAUUUUGUAUAUUAUCUGGUAAAUAUUUCGAUAAGCAAGUGUUAAUAAUUCAGUCUUUCCUGUAGGGAUAUUCCAGUUUUGAAACUGUAUAGUUAUCAUAGCUUCUUAAAACACUUAACGUCUUUAUAUUUCAAUUCAAAUAGAUUAAAUGAAGAUUUUCAGCAACUGGGAGAAAAAUUUAAUUUAAGCUUUGCACACAAUUACAAUAGUCUUUUAUUGUUUGUUAAUUAUUUUCAUGGUAACGAUAGCAAUUUGUCAGUUACUGUUUACACUCGAGUAAAAAAAAAUCCCUCAUUUGUAGUUCAGGUCUAAACUCUAAACGAUGCACUAUAUUUUUCUGAGUGAUUUUUCUAGCAUUCCGUAACCUGUAUUGUUAAGCUGUACCUGAUCUUCCAGCUUCAACUGAAUGUACAGAAAUUUUUACACAAUUUUACACAAAGUCCGUAAAGAUGUAAAAUUGAGAAUUAGAUUGUGUUUCAUUGAAUAACUUUAAUCGCACUUGUUCUGUUGAAGUCUUUUCCUGAAUUUUCAUUGUGCUACUCAAGAAGGAUUAACAUUCAUUUUGGAGGAAGAUGAACUAUAAUGAUGUGUCUAAAUUAUGCUUUUGUUGUUGUUGUCAGUAAAUGAAGUGUACGGAAAUUUAUGCAAUACUUUAAGUAACUAAUACAUUUUUUGAAACGAGUGAGGAGUUGUGUUUGCUCUGGUUUUGGUUGGACCAAAUAUGUAUUCUAGCAAAUAACUAAUGACUCUAAUGGGGGGGAUACAACUUUUGUAUAAAGCUAAACAUUAGCAGCUGCCUGCAUGACCUCACAAACAUGACCUCACAUACAUAAACUUGUCCAUAUUCAUAUGAUAGUGUAUAACUGUUAUUACAAGUAAUAACAGGAAUUAACUUCACAGAUGUUCCACAACAUUAAAUGGGAUAAUAAACAGAUAAAAAGUAUUACGCCAUUCUAUAAUUAAUAAAAUAUAUAUAUAUAGUGUUGGCAAAUUCCUGUGGUAUGAAAGAAAUAAAGCACUUUGGGUUGGGC